GUUGCGCUGCUAUUAUGUAUAGUAGUGCGUCUUCCAGGAGGUUCUGUACGUGGCAGCGACACCCUCUUUCACCCCUUCUCCGUCCUCUUCACCCUGGACUCAAACUAUUCAUAUUGCACAGCGUGACACCACUUUUCUACCCCCAGGCGGUGAAGGCUUUUGAAUGAGACAAAAUGAAGAAGUUCCUGUGUCUUUUCUCCUGGGCUCUGCUAUGCUGCUGCUGCUGGAUAACCCAAGCAGAGAUCUUCACCUCCAUAGGACAAAUGACAGACCUCCUAUACACAGAGAAGGAACUGGUCCACUCCCUGAGAGAGUACAUCAAGGCAGAGGAGUCCAAGCUGGCUGAGAUCAAAAGCUGGGCCAAGAAGCUGGACGACCAGACCAGAGUGUCCACGUCCGACCCAGAGGGUUACCUGGCUCACCCGGUGAACGCCUACAAGUUCAUGAAGAGACUCAACACAGAGUGGUCACAGCUGGAGAGCCUGGUGCUGCAAAACCCUUCAGAUGGGUUCAUUUCAAAUAUGACAGCACACAGACAGUACUUCCCUGAUAAUGAGGAUGAGACUGGUGCAGCCAAGGCACUGAUGCGUCUGCAGGACACAUACCGACUUGAUUCAGAGGCUUUUUCCAAAGGAAAGCUGCCUGGUAUGCACUCCAAUGCCAUGCUGUCGGUGGACGACUGUUUUGACAUGGGCAAGACAGCUUAUAACGACGCCGACUAUUACCACGCAGUGCUGUGGUUGCAGCAGUCUUUGAAACAGCUGGACGCUGGCGAGGAAGUAGUGGUUUCCAAGGCAGACAUUUUGGACUACCUCAGCUAUUCCGUUUACCAAAUGGGAGACCUGCCUCGUGCCAUUGAGCUGACGCGCCGGCUGGUGGCCAUCGAUCCUAGCCACCAGAGGGCAGGAGGAAACCUGCGAUACUUUGAGAGGUUGCUGAUCAAACAGCAGAACGAGGAGGAAAAGAAGCCCGCCCAGCCUGCUUCAGAGGAGCCCAUCCAGCUGGGAACUUACACCAGACCUAAAGACCACCUGCCCGAGAGAGAAAUCUAUGAGGCUCUCUGCAGGGGGGAGGGCAUCAAAAUGACUGAAGCAAAGCGCAGCCGUUUGUUCUGCCGCUACCAUGAUGGCAGGAGGAACCCUCGUUUGCUGCUGAAGCCCAUGAAGGAAGAGGACGAGUGGGACAGUCCACAUAUUGUACGCUACCUGGAGGCUCUCUCAGACUAUGAAAUCGAGAAGAUUAAAGAACUGGCCAAACCUCGGCUUGCCAGAGCAACUGUCCGUGACCCCAAAACAGGAGUGUUGACCACAGCGAACUACAGAGUAUCAAAAAGUGCAUGGUUAGAAGAAGAGGAUGGCCCGGUCAUUCCCAGAGUCAAUCAGAGAAUACAAGACAUCACAGGCCUAACUGUUGACACAGCUGAGUUACUCCAGGUUGCUAACUAUGGAGUUGGAGGACAAUACGAGCCACAUUUUGACUUUUCAAGGCGUCCUUUUGACAGCAACCUCAAGGUCGAUGGAAAUAGACUUGCUACCUUCCUAAAUUACAAAGAUGAGCCUGAUGCUUUCAAAAGAUUAGGCACUGGAAAUCGUGUGGCCACUUUUUUGAACUAUAUGAGUGAUGUGGAGGCAGGAGGCGCCACGGUCUUCCCUGACUUUGGAGCUGUAAUCCGGCCCAAAAAGGGGACAGCGGUGUUUUGGUAUAACCUUUUCAAAAGUGGAGAAGGAGAUUACAGGACCAGACAUGCAGCCUGUCCUGUCUUAGUGGGAAGUAAAUGGGUGUCAAACAAGUGGAUUCACGAGCGAGGACAGGAAUUCAGGAGACCCUGUGGCCUAACAGAAGUGGAUUAAACCUUCACUCUUUCAACGCACAAACACAGUAGUUCCCAUACACAUUCCAGGUAUGCUCAACAAAAGAAUAUGAACGCAACACUUUUGUUUUUGCUCCAAUUUUUCAUGAGCUGAAAUCAAAGAUGUUAAACUUUUUCUAUGUACACAACACAUUCACAAUUCUGAUUAGACGUGGCCACAAUAAAAGUCCACGACAAAAUGUGCAUUUUAGCUGUUAAAAACCAAAGUGUUGUGUUGAUAUAUUUGUUGAGUGUUUAUUAUUCUGAUCAUCUUGUCAAGGUCUAGUUGGUAAUUGUGAGCCAGACUGUUAUUUUAAACAUCUGCAGUGUUGAGCUUGUGGUUGACAUGUCUUUAGCAAGCCCAUCAGGACUGCCAGUGGAUAUGUAACAAGAAAAAGGAAAAUGGGCUCAAAUGUUAAUUGGAUGUUACAACAUGACAGGAAUGUCGUCUUUUUAGCCAUGAGAUACUUUAUUUAUACAGUGUUUAAAUUAUUACAUGACAUUCUGUGCUUUUUUUCUACCAGAUCCAUCAAAAGAAAGUCAAUAAAUAGUCUUUUAUUUUGAAAACAGCA